CACCUUGAUGGCCAAAUAGUAACUUCGAAAGUGACAACGUAUUAAUUAGAUAAUUAUACAUAUCUUUUUUUUAUUUAUAUUAUGUGGUUCUGAAAAAAAAAGUUUGUCUACCUGGUAUUCAUCCAGUGCACCCGCCACUCGUAGCAAAAUCAAUUACACCUACUUUGAGACUGACCAGAGACUACGACCGACUUAGCUACCUGACAUAAGGUACUAAACGUGGCAGCACAACUACAUGUGCUUUUGACAGGAUGGGCCAACUCCAAAAGCCAUGGAUAGCGCUUCCGCUUGCGCUGACACUGUCACUUGACGCGCUUUCCUAUGCCGAAGCAUUAUACCUCUCUCCAACACCGGCGCUGCGAAGUCCAUUGAUCACAUCAGCUCCCAUACUACCUCGAGCUACCGAGAGCUUCACUGCCGUAUCGGGUUGCCACACACACGGUGAUUCAGUAUUCUGUAUAUAUGAUUCAACUGAGCUUCAAGUGGUGGUGCCGACAACGGCGAUUAGCGCAAUUCCGCCAACAUAUACCGGCUGCCAUAAGCACGGGGAUGAAUCAUUUUGUUUCGCGCCUGAUGGCUCUGAAGUUGAAGUUCUUGGCCUCAAUGCCGAGGACUCUGGCAACCACUCAGAAGAAGGCGAGGCACACAGUGAAAGUGGAGGACAAAACUGCCAUUUCCAUGCGGGUGUUGAACAUUGCGUUGGCGGUGGUGAGAGCGAGAGUAGCGUAGCGAACUGCUCGCGACGAGAUCGGGAAUACAACGUCCCUUUGAGAAUCGGACUUCUCUUCGUCAUUCUAGUUACUAGUUUCCUAGGGGUUGCGGGACCAAUCCUGCUUAAACCAAUACUGCCACAGAAAUUCCAGUCGAUUUUCCUCGUUCUUAAGCAAUUUGGUACUGGUGUCAUCAUAUCAACAGCGUUUGUCCAUCUUUUCACGCAUGCGGAGCUCAUGUUCACGAACGAAUGUGUUGGGGAGCUCAGUUACGAAGCUACAACAGCUGCGAUAGUUAUGGCCGGAAUGUUUUUCGCAUUUAUCGUAGAGCACACGAGCCAUCGCUUAGCCCAUAAGUUUUGGGCAAGGACUCAGUAUAAUAGCGAAGUGGUUGGGGUUGCAGUACUUGAAGCUGGCAUUAUAUUUCACUCCCUUUUGAUUGGCCUUACUUUGGUAGUUGCAGGGGACAGUUUCUUCAUAACUCUUUUUAUCGUCAUCCUCUUUCACCAAAUGUUCGAGGGCAUAGCUCUAGGUACUCGCAUUGCAUCUAUCGGACAAGCCAGCAGAGUCGAGACCGAAAACGUCAAUACUCCGCAACUAGCCAGAGAUGUAUCCUCAUCUACGCAGGGUCCCGCAAUUACGGACACCGGCGACUCUCUGGAAGAGAGCAAAGAACGAAAGUCGUUACCAGCGAUUCAUAAGUUUUUAAUGGCCGCUGCAUUCGCUUUGGUUACGCCAGUUGGCAUGGCCAUCGGUAUUGGCGUUCUGAAACAGUUUAAUGGAAACGACCCUAGCACACUAAUUGCUCUGGGUACUCUCGAUGCUCUAUCAGCCGGAAUACUCAUAUGGGUUGGUGUUGUAGAGAUGUGGGCGGGAGAUUGGAUGUUCGGUGGUGAGUUAUCAAAUGCAGGGGGUAUGAUAACAGUUCUUGGGGGAAUUGGGCUCAUUGCUGGAAUGGUUUUAAUGAGUUUCUUGGGCAAAUGGGCAUAACGGUGGUGGUAUCAUGACGAAUAGUAGUUUCGAAAGGGAUCAUGGGGAAUAAAAAAGAUCGCUUAUACCUGUGUUGGUAAGAAAAAUGAUAGGCACCAUCUAGUUAAAUAAUAGGUAAUCAAUUAUAAGCUUCACUGGUGCAAGUCGAUAUCUGCGAAAUCAAGAUUAUAAUAAUUAUCUCGUAGCAUACCGCAGGUACUUCAGCUUAUGAUGUAAGUAUUUGGAUAGGAGGUAACGAAUAUUGUGCGUUUCGAUAUUUCCACUCCUUGGACGGUGGAUGUUCAC